GUAACUACAGUCCUGCAUGUACGAUUUGAUUACGUUUGAUUCUGAAUAACUUUUUCCAAGUUUACUUCCUGUUGACAUUCGUUGUUUCUAAAACUCCAUUGAAGAUGCUUCUUGAUAAACAGAUCUAGAUAGAUCUAACUAAGUAGAUCUAAUAGGUAUUGCAUUUUUUAGGACAAGAUGCCACAUUCGUCAGAAGAUUCUGAUAGUAUAACCUCAAGUGAUAGUGAACAUGAAAAGAAAUAUGUUCAUAAUCACUCUCGUGUUGAUAAGCUUAACAAAGCUUUAUCCAAGGAGAUUAAAAACGUAAGGUCCAAUGGUAGACAUCAUAAUAAGCACAAGUCAAGAACUCCAGAAAUUAAAAGACAUCACUCCCGUUCAUCUUCCCCUGACCAUAAGAAAAGAAGGCAUCACUCUUCCUCAGAGUCAGACUCUGACUCUAAAGAAAAAAUUAAAAACAAAAACACAUAUUAUGAAAAUGGUCUUUCAAGAUCUGCACACAUUAACAGACAUAGAAACCACAAUAGGGAUUCACCUGAGAUUGACAGGCAUAAACAUCGUCACAGACCAAGAUCAACAUCACCAGAUAAUCAUUCAAAGAGAUAUGGUGAAAAUAAUGCAAGGCACCACAGUCAUCAUAACAGAGAUGAUAAUGAUGAUACAGUACAUUUUAAACGACCUGCUUCUGGUGGAAUGAACCGUCAUCAGGAGGAAGACACUGCUAUGAUGGACAGGAGGAGAGAAGAGCGUGAAAGAAUUGGUGCUUGUGGGAUACCAGAAAUUUGGGCAAGGUCACCCUCUCCAGGAUGUCAGUCUGAUGAUGAAGGGGAGGGGGAGAAAAAGAAAGGAAAGAAAAAAAAGAAAAAGAAAGAUGGUAGUGAUGAGGAUGAGAGUGACACAGAUACAGAGAUAAAAAAAAGUAAAAAAAAGAAGUCUAAAAAAGAAAAAAAGAGAAAGAAAUCGAAAAAAUCUCGUAAGAAGAAGAAGAAGAAGAAACUGUCAAGUGAAUCAUCAUCAGAGUCUGAAGAAGAAGAAGAAGAAACAGCUGUUUGGAUGGAGAAAACUAAAACUUCAGAUAUGGCUAGUAGGAAGGAUGGAGAUGAUUCUUUUGGACCUGUUCCAUUCGUUGAGACCAACACCCUCACAGAGCGAGAUUUUGGUCGAGCCUUGCUUCCUGGUGAAGGUGCUGCCAUGGCAGCUUACAUUGCAGAGGGCAAAAGGAUACCUCGUCGUGGUGAGAUUGGUUUAACUUCUAAUGAAAUUGAAUCAUUUGAACAAGUAGGCUACGUUAUGAGUGGUAGCAGACAUCGUCGUAUGGAAGCUGUACGUCUCAGAAAAGAAAACCAGAUUUACAGUGCUGACGAAAAGAGGGCCCUGGCUACAUUCAACCAUGAAGAGAGAAGCAAGCGAGAGGCUAAAAUUUUGUCGCAGUUUAGAUCGAUGGUUCAUGAGAAACUGAAGCACUAAAAAUGUUGUCAAUGUUUUGUAUUGAUAUGUGAUUGUGUUAGUCAAACAUUUCUCCAUGAACAUAAAUGAAAUACAUUCUGUGAAACUAGCUAUUCAGAA